AUGCAACUGCAUCCUUUAAACAAUGAGGCUAGUUUGACAUCACCCUCAAAUGCAAAUACAAGGUGCUAAUACCAUGAAUAUAUAUCAGAAAUAUAAUAUUAGAUGACCUGUAAUUAUGGGGUAGAUAGUAAAUAUUGUUAAAUAAUUUCUGUAAAUUUGAAAGUUACUGUAAUUGAUUUGUGAUUGUUUAAUAAACGAAAAAAUUUUAACAAGAAUGAAUAUAUAACAGGGGUCGAUUUAAUAAAACUCUUACAAGUGUAAUUUACAAGUGUAGCUAUUGUACUUUCUAAAAUUGCAUAAAAAUAUGCCCACCGAUCUUGCCCAUUGAUCUUCCUUUAAAAGUACAAAGGUUUACAUUGUGUACAGUAUGCAGUUUGGAAUAAUUAUUGCAAAUACACAGUGUGAGGAUCUUAAAAGACAUUUUUCUCACCUGUCUCGGUUGUAGUUGAUUUUAUUGAUCUGAAUCAUUUCAGCAAUAGUGGCAAAUGGGGAGAUGAGGAGAUUGAAUUGUUGCGGAAUGCAGUAAAAAGAUUUGGAGAAGAUUUAAAGAAGAUAAGUGGUCAGGUCAAGAACAAGUCUGUGUGAGUAUUUAUUAUUUACACCAUUUACUUUGUAAAACAAAGGGGGAAUUAAUUCAAGAUCAAGUCAUUUGAAACCUACCAGUAUUUCCAUGAAGCAGAACUUCAUUACUUAACCCAUUCGCUCUUGGAGAUUUUGCCGAAAAACGCGUUUUGAAGCUAGUCAAGUGGUUUUCUGGUCACUGUCGUGCUAUAAAGAGCUAAAACUUACCACAAACCGGUUUACAGGUCGUACACUUCGCGGCCUUCUGAUGCAGAUGCAAAAUAUUAGCUUGCGAAGUUCGGGAAUGCGCAGAGAGCAAAAUUUCGAGAUAGUUUUUGGGUUUAAAAGUGACACAGCAGUCUUGACUUUUACUUUUCGCUUUCUCUCCUUCCUUCUUUUUUCACUUUUCUUGCCUCAUUUUUUUUUUCUCUUGCUGGGUAUUAAGUAUGCUUCAUUUUGGUGAGAAGAGUUUUUAGGAAAGCUUUUAGGAUCUUAGGAUUAGGUGAAAGGAAAGGUAGGUGGGUAAUGGAACAAGAUUUUCAUGGAGAUUUUCAGGUCCAGAAGAGUUUUUAGGAAAGCUUUUAGGAUCUUAGGAUUAGGUGAAAGGAAAGGUAGGUGGGUAAUGGAACAAGAUUUUCAUGGAGAUUUUCAGGUCAAUGUCAUGUGGUUUUUUGCUUCUUUCUCCGGUGUCCUUGACUGAAUUGUGCUCAUUCUGGUAUGGUUUGAAAGAUCUCUUUACUCUGCACAAGUUAGGGAAGAAAGUUGUCCUUGACCGUUAAAACUGAUGACGUCACAAAGAGUAGAAAGGACCUGGAUCCGCACGGGCGGUUACGGGCGGUUCAGGGGCGAAUGGGAUAAGGAAAUGGACUUUUAGUGAUAACCAUCAUGAUAGAUAAAAACCCACAUCAUGGAUCUUGCUGUGCUGCCACAGGGCGGCUAUCACUAAGGGUCAGGCACCGGGAAUCUCCGUCAGCUACCAUGAGCAUGACCCCUGGCUACUUUCAUGGAAAACAAAAGAAAAAUAGAACCAAAUGAUCUUCCUAGCUAUUCAAUUCCCCUCCUUCUAAAAGACCUUUCCCGCAUUCCUGUAAUUACAAAGGCACCAACUUGAGACUCAGGUGGACAAAAUCCAUUGAUUUGUAUGAAAUUGUCUACCCGAGCCUUGUCCUCAUUUCUUUACGUUUGCUCACUGGAGCAUAAUGCAGGAAAGGUCUAUAGCAUGUACUAGGCAACUUGAAUUCUUAGUGACAGUGUGUCCUAGUUGUCAUCAUUGCAAUUUGGUUUACGUCCUAUUUCCCCUUCUUUCCUAAAAAUUAGAGCUCAAAUAAAAUCUGCUCUCAAAAAAAGGCUUCAUGAGCAGGAGGCCUCCUCACAGAAUGUGAAAAAAAACAAGGAAAAGACCCAGGCACCAUCCAGUGAACCGCAAGCUAAGAAAAAGAAAACAGAAGGUAUGAACAGUUCCAAUCUUAUUUCAAUUUGCUUAUCCACUUCACUUCAGUUUAUAUAAAUAAUUAUUUACACUGGCAGUGUGUGGCUUUAUAUUAAGUUAAAGUCAGCUGGAAAUGAUCACAUUACAAGUCAAAAAUGAAAAUAUUAAUGUCUCUGGGAUGUUUUCCUUACAAAGAAAUAGCCAAAGGCCUUAGUGAGGUUUAUAAGCAUCUCAGAAUUAUUUUGUUUCAUGCAUAGAUCACUUAGGCCAGUGGAAUCUUGAGUGGCCUUAAUUUACAUAUCUGUUUUGCUUCAAUUUUAUAUUCCUUCGUUUAAAUUCUGUUCUUCAUUGUUUGAAACUGCCAUACCAAGAACAAGAGGAAGAUAAAAUUUAAAUCAGGGAUAAAUCUGAACCACAACUGGCAGCAAAACCAUACAAACAAAACUGCCAGCUUGUCAAAGUGCAGUGUAGCUAUCCUAGUGCUGACUUGUAAACAAUGUUUUUGUUCUUUUAAUUACACCUGAUAGUGACUAAAAGUGGCUCAGCUAACCUGAAAUGUUCUUUCUGUGCAAAAUUUCUGAGGGCUGAUGGGUCAACUGGUAAAUUACUCUAGUUACAUAUGUCCUUAUAGGUUUUUGUGGCCUCAGUGACAAAAAAGCUGGGACUCCUAAGUUGAUUUGGCUUUGGCUUUGAGUGUGCUAUAAUAAUUUUUGUACUUUUUUUCCCUCCUUUUCCUUUAUUUUCUAUAAUUUAUGUGACUGUGUUCUCCUUUGCAGUCCAAUCAAGCUCUGAAGAUGAUCAGUUAUCCUCAGCCUUUUCCCCUGGUCCCAUACCAAGUACAACAGUUCCUGUAACUGACUUGCUUCCAGAAGGCAGCUCACCCCUCAAGACUGUCGCUAAUGGUGCAGAAAAUGAUGUUGAUAUUGUUGGCAUUUUUGAUAACGGACAAGACACUGUUUUUCCAGAGAUGCCUGGAGGUAAUUUUCUCAAUUAAACCUGAUUGUUUUUAUUUUCCUUUUGCUUUAAAAUGCGAGUUGUCAACUCUCUUAGAUAGACAUUGCUAGUAUCUGCAUUGUACCACUAUGAAGUGUUCAUGUUAGAGAAGUGUCUGCCUGAUACAGAGUCAAAGAAAAGGACUGUUAGAACAGCAACUGACCUGUUGUAGGUGUCCAAUUUAGGAAGAUUUCUGUCCUUUUAAAAUACAUGUCUCGACAUUAAGAGAGAGUCCACUGUUAAUACAUAGGUUGACUAAUAAUGUUAUUGGCCAUGCAUGUCAUGUGGCUUUCCAGAAGACUUUCUGCAGUGGCUAGAGUUGCUGUCCAUUUCCUACAGAUUGAAUCUUGUGGGAAACAUGCUUUGAAAAUAACUGCAAAUGGCUGUUGAGCUAAAUGAAAACUGCAGAGUUUCUUAAAUUUUCAUAAAUUAUAAUUGCCAAUCUAAUGACAGAGUUCUUUGCAAAAUGUAAUUGCAAGAAACAUUUGCAUAUUGUAUUGAGUAAUUUACUAAACGUGCAAAAAAGAAGCCACAGUCCAUUUGUAUCUUUGCGUGCACAAUCACAUACAAUUUUAAGCUUUCAAGGAAGAGAUCACUUUCUUCUGCAACAGCAUUCAAAUUUUCCUCUUCAUCUCUGUUUCACUUUAUGUUUAUUGCAGCUUUAGGACCACUUGAAACCCAGAUUGCAGAUGAAAUCCUUUCCACAAUGUGA